AUGUAUCAAUAUAAUAAAAGAUCAACGUCAUUUCAUACAGAACCAUCCAUACGAUUCCAUUCUGAUGCUUCAUCUGACACCCCGCCUGCUUCUCAUCAUACAAUAUCGAUUAGUGCUAAUGAUAUAAUAAAUUCAGGGCUUUCAUUAUCAGGAACUGCGUUGGAUAAACAUUCAAUUAGACCUGCCUCUGCUAAUGCUAAUAUUAGUUAUCCCAGUAAUCAUACCACAGUUACUGGUCACCCAAUAUCGAAUAGACAUAAUAGUAUGUUUAAAUUAAAACAAAAGAACUAUUCUACUAAUGAUAUUAGAGAUCACAAUGUUAACAAUAAUAGCAAUAGACAUAUUUAUUUUAGCCCUUCAAACUCAAAUCAACAAUUAAAUUUAUCAAAUCAUUAUAAAAGUAAUAACACUAGUAAUCGUAGUAUAUCUAAUAGUAGCCAAACUUCUUUUCUCCCAGGAGGAACAUCGAAUAUUAACAUGUCAUCUUCUACUUCCAAUUCCAAUUCAAAUACUUUUUUCAAAAAUAAUAAGGCAAGUUUGUCAGUAUUAGAUUUUAAUCCAAAAUUUGUUCCUGAAAAUGAAGAAUUAAUUAAUACCAUGUUUAAUGAUUUAUUACAAGAUAGAAAUAUUCAUUGGGGUACAGCUAUUUCAAAUUUGAAGAAUAUUUCCAAGAGAAGAAAAUGGGGGUUGGUCUGUAAAUGGCAUAAUACUUCAAUCAAAUUUGGUGAUAAUAAUAAUGCAAGCACUUACAGUAAUAAUGAUGACACUCUCCAUUCUUUAAAUAACUUUAAUGAUUCAAAGACAUCUUUAAACUCAAAUUCUUCCGUAAAAUUGAAUUUAUUAACAGAAAAUGAUAAUUCUUUAUUAAAAGAUUUCGAAGUUUUUUUAAUGAAAAAAAAAUUUUUACAGAAUUUACAUAAAUUAGAAAAAAAUUUAAGAUAUAAGUCUUUUUCAUUCAGUUUCAUUAAUUCAAAUUGUUUCACCCUUUUAAUUAAUCUUAUAAAUUCAAUAAAUUCACAAAGAGAAUUAUUUGUGUAUUUAAAUUGUUUUUUAACUUUAUCAAAUAACAAUGCUUUCAAUUCAUUAAUAGUACAUAAUGAAUUUUUCAUUGACUAUUUAAUCAAUUCAAUUUUAUUGAAUAAUAAAACAGAUUUGAAAAAUUUCUUCGCAUCAAUCAAAUUAUUAUUAUAUUUCAGUUACAUCGAUUCACAUUUUGGUGCUGAAAAGAUUUGGAGUCUUUUGAAUUCAAAUUUAAUGGCAUUAAUUGAUCAUUUAAUUAAUUUAAUUAUUAAACCAAAUAAACAAAAAAAAUCACAAGAUAUUCCAGCUUCAUCAAUUAUAAUGUUACAUAUAACUGAUUCUAAAAAAUUACUAGGUGAUAUUUCAAUUACAUUUUUGUUUCUUUUACAAUCAAUCAUUCAAACAAAAGUUAAUAUCGUUAAUAAAUUCGAUAUGAUUAUAAGAUUAAAAGAAUGUAAGAUUCAUGAUUUAUUAGCAUUAAUGAAAAAUUUAAAUAAUGAUGAAUUAAUCACUGAAAUUGAAAAAUAUCAAAAAAUGGAAAAUAUCAUUUAUCAAGAAAAAUCUCCCAAAGAUGCUCUAUUGAAAAAUAUAUCUUAUGGCUCACAAUUACAACAAUUAAUUACUCAAACGAGGGACACUCAAUUAGAAACUCCUAUAAUGAUGAUAUUAGAUUCACUUUUAAAAAUUAUUCAAUCAAGAACAACAAAAGAAUCAGGUGAAAUUAUAAAGACAUCUAAAGUUAUCUUAGAUAAUUUAUUAGAUAGCAUUUUUAAUAAUAAACUUACCUCAGGAUCUUCAUCUACUUCACUUUCAACUUCAGACACAGCAAGUAUUAUGAAUAAUUCAGUCACUGAAUUUUUAGAUUCUUUAUAUUCAGAUGAUGUUGCAAGAAGAGCAAUGGAUGAAAUGAAGCAACUGCAAAAGGAAUUGGCUACUUUAAGAGAACAAAUUGUUUCAACUGAAGAUAAAGAAGAUACAGAUAUCAACAAAUUAUAUAUUAAAAUUGACAAGUUAAAGGAAGAAACUGGCCAAAAAGAUAUUGAAAUUAUUAAAUUACAAGAUAAACUUCAUAUCACUGAAUUUAAACGGAAAGAAUUACAAAAAAAUUAUGAUCAGUUAUUAAGUCAUUCUAAGUUUGAAACUAAUUUAACAUUAGAAAGAUCAUCAUCCAUAUUUGAAAAUUUAAAGAGUCCAAUCACACCGGAUUUAUUUAGAAAUCCUAGCAAUAAUAAUUCAUUGGGAGGCUCUAAGAAACAAAAACCAUUAUCAAUAAGCAAAAGUAAAAGAGUAUCUUCUUUAACUGCAUUUUUAAAUACUGAACUAUGUUCUCCCCUAGGAAAUAAUAAUAUCCAUGAUGGAAACUUAUUACCAGAUGAAAUGGAGACGAUUCAAGAAUUAGAUAAUGAAAUUAAUACACCAAUAAAGCAAAAGAGCAAGCCGUAUUCUUUAUCAAUGGCAACUAGUUUUACUCCAGUACCUCCUCCCCCACCACUACCAAAUAUUCUCCAGACUAUCUCUACUGAAAGUUUCGAGAGCAUAGACAGUCAGCUUUCAUCACCAACCUCAGCUAUACAAACACCAGUACCUCCUCCUCCACCUCCACCUCCUCCACCCCCUCCCUUACCUGCUAUACUCAAUGCCAGUAAACCUAAUGAUAUUCUAAAUGCUGAUUCUUCUGACACUACUGUCCAAGCUAAUUCAGCACCACCUCCACCUCCACCUCCACCUCCACCCCCUCCUCCUCCUUUACCAUUCGUUAAUAAAAGUGAUAGCAAUGGUGUUGAAUUAUCUCCAUUCAAAAAAGUCCAGUCAAAUACUGCCCAAGCUUCUACAACUUCACAAACCAAAUCCUUCCUGGAUGCCCUAAUAAUAUCGCCUACAAAAAAUAUGAAACAAAUCCAUUGGGAAAAAGUAUCUAGAACUGGUGCGUCAUUAUGGGAAGAUGAUGACCAACGUUUAUCUAUUAUUAAAGAAUUAGAACACACAGGUAUCUUUUCAGAAGUCGAAGAUAUUUUCUAUUCUAAGGAUGCUGUUAUUAAACGUCGUAAUCCAAAGGACCAGACGCAAAAUAAAGUAUUAACUUUAUUACCAAGAGAAUUAGCUCAACAAUUUGGUAUAAAUCUACAUAUGUUUUCACAAAUAUCACCUCAAGAUUUAUUCGAAAAAGUUUUACAAUGUGAUAUUUCAAUUAAUCAGAACUUAAGUGUUAUUGAAUUUUUCAAUAACGAAGAUCUAACAAAUAUCCCAUCUAAUAUCUGUAGAACUUUUGAACCGUAUAGUAUUGAUUAUAAAACUCCAGGUAGUAAACCUACUAAAGAUAUUUCUGAAUUAAGCCGGGUAGAUCAUAUUUUUUUACUUUUAUGUUAUAAUCUAAGAUCGUAUUGGAAAGAAAGAUCUCAAUGUCUAUUGAUGCUUCUAACCUAUGAAAAGGAUUAUUAUGAUUUAAUGUUUAAGCUAGAAAGAUUAGAUGAAGCCAUUAAUGCUAUUAAGAAUUCCCAACGUUUGAAAAGUGUGCUGUAUAUUAUUGUUGCUAUUGGCAAUUUCAUGAAUAAGAAAGGGGUGGAUGGUAUCCGAUUAAGUUCUUUAAAUAAAUUGACAUAUAUUAAGUCAAAUAGUGAGAGUAAAGCAUCAUUUUUACAUUUCAUUGAAAGAUUAAUUCGUGUUCGAUAUCCAGAAUUAUAUUACUUCACUUCUGAUCUACGGAAAGUGGAAAAUUUAGGUAAUGUUACACUAGAUCAUCUACAAUUAGAAUAUGAUGAUUUAUCCAGCAAGAUAAACACAGUACACAGAUCAAUUCAAAAGGGCCAAUUAUCUAAUAAGAAAAAUUUACAUCCCCAAGACAAUAUCUUGGAUAAAGUGAAAUACAAAGUAAUCCGAGCUGCCAAUAAGAGAACCAUUUUGCAAGACAAGUUCACCCUAACCAACAUUGAUUUAGAGAAGUUAUUGGUAUACUUUGGAGAAGAUCCGGACGAUAUGAACAAUAAGAUUACUUUCUUUAAGAGUAUAUCUGAAUUUUUAACGUUGUUUAGAAAGUGUGCCAAGGAGAAUAUUGAAAAAGAAGAAGCUGAUAGAGUCUAUGAGCAAAGAAGACAGCUACUAGAUUCCAAGAUUCAAGCUCAAUGGGAUAGUUCAAUGGAUGAAAUUGAAGAAGACCAACAAGAUGCAGUUGACCAAUUGCUGAAGAAACUUCGUGGAGUGGAACAACCGACUACGGCGGUACGGCGAAGAAAAAGCUCUAAGAGACUGGACCAAAUGGACCAAAUACCAAGUCGUCUUUCACAAGACGACUUAUGGGAAAGAACAGCCAAUCUACGUAAGGAUCUGGAAAAGAUAUAA